UCUCUCUCUCUUUUUCUUUUUCUUUCUUUUUUUUUUCAAUCAUCAUGGCAGGGUCAAAGAAACGUACUCAUAUCGUAGAUGGUCUUGUCAACUCACCCGAUAAAGCUGAAUUCAUAUCCUUUUUUUUUUCUGUGUCUGCUAACCUUGAGUCUAAUUUGCUUAUCCUUAACUCUUUCUGUUUACUGCUGUAAAGUAAAAAUAGUGCAAGAUAAAACAGUAGAAGGCUUCUUGGCUAUUGUAGUACAUGAAGAGAAAGAGGCUUGGUAAGGCUUACUUCUCUUUCUUUCUUUUUUUUUUUUGUAAAGAUAUUCUGAUGGUUGAUUUAGUCUAGUUUGUCUAAGAGAAUCUGAUGUGCCUGCUAUGCCUCCAGUCAUUCUAAAGAUUGUACCUGUUUAUUCUGACUUAAAAAUAGAUAUUGCUCAAUCCAAUUUGAAUGCAGAAACCCAGCCAGAUUUACUUGUUACAUUUACAGUCAAACAAGACUCAAUCAGUGUCAGUUUUCCUAAAAAAGAAACCAUGUCCGAGGUUUUAAGUGAAAUCAAACGAUUGAAAUCCAUAGCAGAAACACAUUAUUUGGAUUCAACGAAUGAUCAUUCUCAUGAAUGGACAAAAGCCUAUUCCAAAUUUGGCUUGGACCAUCAACAUAAGAAAGCUGUGCGAUCUAAUUCCUUACCUAUCACAGACGAUUUAAACAACCCGGCCAGUUCAAUUCGUUAUGUAUUACCGCUACAACGAGCAGAGACGAUAGCCAAGAUUAAUUUGAAACGAACACGUACAGUCAAUGCACCUAAAGAAAAAAAAAUUACGUUUGAAAAAGCAAAAGAUCAUUGGAUUAAUGCUCAAUUGAUGAAGCGAGAAGAUGAGUUUGUUCAGUGGCAAAAAGCAACUGCCUUUGUGGGUACAUGGAAUGUACAUGGUAGUUUGCCUACUACUUCAUUAAAGAAUUGGUUGCAAGGCACACUUAAAACAGACAAUGGACAGACAAUCAAAGAUCCAGACUUCUAUGUGAUUGGUCUUCAAGAGAUGGAAACCAACACAGAAGCUUAUAUUCGAUAUGACCCUACAAAAGAAAACGCCUGGGUCAAAGCCAUUAUUGACUCUUUAGCAGACAAUGGCAAAGAGUACUAUAAAGUAGAGUCAAAACAAUUAGUAACUAUGCUGUUGAUUGUGAUUGCCAAAAAGAGUCACAAGUCUUUUAUUUCAGAAGUAUCCAGUACUUAUGCAGGUGUUGGUUUGAUGAAUAUGAUGGGAAACAAAGGUGGUAUUGCUGUGAGACUUCGUUUUCAUGAUAGCUAUAUGUGUUUUGUGACAAGCCAUCUUGCUGCAUUCACUGACAAGACAGAAAAAAGAAAUCAAGAUUUUACUGAACUAUCAAAGCGACUUGUCUUUCCUCAAUAUCAUGAUCCUUUAACAGACUAUAUCUCUUAUUCUUGGAAUGAUGGUGGUGAUGAAGGUGUUUCCUUUUUAGAAAACAACAAUGUAAUACGAGAUUGGUCAACUGAAGCCUCUAUUUUUCAUAAUGACCUUCUUAUUUGGUGUGGUGAUUUGAACUAUCGUGUUAAUCUGAGUGAAGCCAUUAUCAAAAAUUGGCUUAGACAAGAUCGCUUGGAUGUAUUGCUUGAAUACGAUCAAUUGUCUAUUGAACGUAGUGCUGGUAGAACAUUUACCAUGUUUGAAGAGGGGCCUAUUAUAUUUCCGCCCACUUACAAAUACGAUGCAGGCACAAAUCAAUACGACACAAGUGAGAAACGAAGAGCUCCUUCUUGGACAGACCGUAUUUUAUGGAAAAAGGAAAGAAGUGAUGUAUCCAAACACCCUCUUCAACUUCUUAGCUACACGCAUUGUAUGGAGAUGAUGAUGAGUGAUCAUAAACCUAUUCGUGCACUGUUUGGAUUUCAAAUUCGUAAAAUUGACAGCCGUCAACAAAAACAAACAGAGCAACAGCUGGUACAACAGCUGAAAGAGAAUCAAGAUGUUCAACCAAGAGGCGAAAUUUCUUCUUCUUAUGUUGAUUUUGAAAAGGUACAGUUUAUGGAAUACAAGGAGAAGAACAUUGUGCUGGAGAACACAGGCCAAGUUGUGACCGUGUUCAAGUUCUUGCCUAAAGAUGAAAGCGGUGUGAUAUUACCCGCAUGGUUGCAAGUGACUCCAUUGUCAGGUGUAGUGGCACCCGGUGAAAAGGUCGUCAUUCGAUUUGAGGUGACUGUCGAUCCUACCAUUUCUACACCCUUAAAUCGUGGGGAAGAAAAGAUGGAUGAAAUUCUGAUUUUGAGAUUAGAGAACAGCAAGGAUUUCUUUAUCUCUGUCUCGGGCGACUAUGUGCCUACUUGUUUCGGUGUACCUUUGGAAUUAUUGUCUGGCAUGGUUGUGCCUAUUAGCGAGGCUGCAAUGAACAACCUAAAGAGCACAUCCUCAAAGAAAAACGAUGCUUCUAGACCACCUUCUCCUCCUUCAACUUCGAACCAGAUUGAGUUACCUAAAGAGUUAUGGAAAAUCAUGAACUUUUUGUGGAAUACAAACAUGUUUCGUAUUGAAUCCUUGUUUUUAAGGCAUGGGGAUUUGAUUGUUUCCACUUACAUUCGAAAAUGUCUUGAUAAUGGCGAACAAUUUGACACAAAUGUGUUAUUAGGUGGAGAACCAGCAGAGCAUGAUGAACUCACUAGUGAUGUUCAACAUACUUUGUCUGAUUUAACAUUGACAGAAACGCCUAGUAAAGAGGCUAUUAGUGCUAAUUCAAUGAUUGAUGUGUUGGUGGCCUUUUUAGAAUGUUUGCCAGAACCUGUUAUUUCAACUCAUUUGUAUGAGCGUGCUCUAGAAGCAGCUGAAUCCACAGAAGCCAUGAACAGCCUCAAGGAAUCACUUGCACCUUUUCAUAGAUAUGUACUAUUAUAUAUUGGUAUGUUUCUAAGACAGGCCAUUGAUAAUGCACCCCCUUUGGUCAAGAAGCAAAGAGAAGCUAGAAUAGUUGAAAUGUUCACAGUACUAUUAAGGCCUCCAAUUGAUUUCAAGGAGCGUAAUCCUGUUGUGGCUAAAGAAAAGAGAGAAAAGUUUAUUGUUCAACUAUUGACUUCACUAAAAUCUUAACAAUAACUUGGUCAUGUGACAUUAUAAAACGCUUUACAUGUUUCAACUUUUUGCUUUAUAUAAAUGGUGGGAACAAGUUCUUUUUUUU